GUGGCACUUCCUGUAAAACCAGGAGUUUAUUUUGAAAGACCCCGGCGUUACGUUGGUAAUUUAUGUGUUGAUAGCAUUAGUUAAAGGACGGCGUAAUGCAGAUAAAGAAAUACUGUUACAAACGAAUAUACUUGAACGUUUCAACAAGACGAACCAAACAACUGCCAUGUCGUCAAAGUCUUGUCAUCAUAGGAAACACGAGGAGCCUCGGCUCGCUUUGAGUUGACUCGUUGCUAGGCAACCCUUUUCUACCGCCAGGGAUUGCCUUUUCGACCUCUCACUUUACUCACUGUGAAGACUAAAACUGGACAAGAUGUUGUUCGAAGCGGAGAACAAACCUUCUAUUUAUGACCAAAUAGCAGAUCUGCAGCGUAAACUCCAACUUUUAGAGAGCGACAGGAACGCCUACUAUGAGAGCUCUCACUCGACCCUGGAGAAGAAUCGCCAGGCCAUCUUGCAGCUCAGGGAGGAGAACAGGGAGCUGCUGAAGAGCGUGACAGAUGCUGACACCGAUGAACAACAAUUCGUGCAGGCGGCCUUGCAUGGCCGGGGCGUGGAGAAGGACACGGGUCCUCCAAUGUCAGGAAAGGCCGCCUUAGCCAAACUGGAGCACCGGGUGGCUUCCAAAAUAAAGCGUCUCAAUGCUCUUAAGCACACCACUCUGACCCACCAGCGCCGCCUGGAAGACCUGAAGAGGGAGUGCCUCAGAAUGGAGGCAGUGGGCUCUAAUCUGGCAAUGACUGAGAAGGAGGACAUUACAUUGAAGUUGAGGUCGCUACAGAACUGCCUGGAGAAGAACCAGCUCAAAUGCAAGGAAGGCGCCAACAUCAUGACUAACUAUCUGAAACUUAAACGCCACCUGCAGGAGGAGAGUCUGACCUUCCAGGGUCAGAUAGACAGUCUGGAAGCAGAAAUUAUGAAGUUCAAGAGGGAACUUCAUGAUGUGCAAGAAAUGAACAGUAAAGCCCAGCUGUCCAAAGAAACUGCUAUUGCUGAGUUACAGCAGCAGGAGGAACUGUUCUAUAAGGAGCACCAAGAAAAAGAUUAUCUUUUAGCCAUCUACAGAAAAAGGGUGCAGGAGAUCAGGGCCCGUGCUGAAAAGUUAGAUGCCCAGAGGAAAAUCGUACAACAGGACGAGCUGAACAACGAGGCCGACUGCAGCACCGCCAAAAUGGCCGCCGAAUUGGACAAGAACAUCAGCAUUUUUGAGGAGACCCUCCGAAGGAUGAAAGAUGCCACCGGUUACACAAAUACAGAGGAGGUGAUGGAUCGUUACAUUGCCCAGCAGAAGACUCACCAACAUCUCCAGGAUCUCAAAGCGGAGAAUGAGUAUGUUAUACUGCAGCUCAAGGAGCGCAAGGAGGACCUGAAGCAACAGUUUGAGCACAUAAAGUAUUCGGGAGAAACGCAACUGUCAAGUGAGCAGAAGAGGCUGGAGGAGUGUGAGCAGAGUUUGCUGGCUAAACAGCAGAGCUGUGAAAUAGCCAAGGAGCGUCUGGCUUCUCUGGUUAAAACGCUAAGUACUAUCCAAGCUGGAGUGGAACACCUCGCAGAAAGACUUGACCACAUCUCCCUGAAUGAGGCGCCGUCAAAUGUGUCUCCAAACUCAGAUGAGUUUGUGGUGGAGCUGCUGUCCCAGUGUCAGCGAAAGUUGCAGUUACUGCAAGAUAGGCUACGUGGAAAAGACCUCGACGAGAUUGCCAAAGACAUGGAGGAAGAGGAGUUCUACUUCAUGAUUGAGAAACAACUGCCUACUUACAACAAACGAGUCACAGUAACUGAAGACCAAGAGAUGAGCCUCGAAAAUAAUGAGGAUGAAAGCGAAGAGGACGAUGGUGUCCUCACACGAGAGGCAUUGAAACGCCGCUCGCAGGCUAUGAUUGACGCCAUGUCCAACAAGAAGUCUUGGAAGUUGAAAAAGAAGUGAUGAUAUUCUGAAAGCACAGACACAGUGAGAUCUAAUGACAAUAGACCAUAUUUUUCUGUUGAAUUAUUACCUAACACUAGGGCUGCCACUAACAACUAUUUUGAUAGUUGACUAGCCACUGACUAAACGAUUACCGUAUUUACCGGCCUACUUAUUAAACAGUGCGGCUAAUAUAUGGAUGUUUUUUUUUUCCCGUAACGCCCAUAAUGCUUUGUAUUUAUAAAGUAGUUAUCAUAUUACACCGACAGACUUUGAAAAGUGUGUUAUUGUUUGUACUGUGGCACCAUUUUUGAACAAAUUUGCUCACUGCAGGUGCUGCGGGUUGAAAAUGUACUUCCUGUUUUGUGCCUUGAACCGGAAGUAUAACCGUCCAUUACGUAUCUGCUCGAAAGGAUUCUUCAUUCAUCACUCCAGGCAACAUUUUAACGUUUUACAAUAUAACUAAAACAAUCUAUGCUUACUAAACCGUCCCUUGCAUGAUGUUUGUGGGAGUGUUUUCGUGCAUAUUCUGUACGUGCAUUGAAUGUAAUCAAGCUAGCCCAGCAGGCACAAGACAUUGAUACAACACUGAUUAUACACACAUGUCUUUUAAAACUGACUUUGAAACAACAUUUGUAAUUUGAUCUCCAACGCUGGACCCAAGUUGUUGGUUGGGAAAUGACCACAUUUCAAAGGUCAAAUCAACAUCACAACCUGACAUUGAAUAAACGUUGUCAAAAUGCAUGUUGUUUUAACAUUAUGUUUGAGUUGCUCAAUGUCAGGACCUAAUUCAAGUUCUCAAUGUUGUUUUAAUGUCUUGUGCCUGCUGCUAGCAUCAUUAGCAUUAGCGGAUAAGCUAACACGUUUACAACUGUCUGUGUUGGUAUAUUAUUAACCUACAAUGGCAGAGGGGUUAGUGCGUCUGCCUCACAAUACGAAGGUCCUGCAGUCCUGGGUUCAAAUCCAGGCUCGGGAUCUUUCUGUGUGGAGUUUGCAUGUUCUCCCCGUGAAUGCGUGGGUUCCCUCCGGGUACUCCGGCUUCCUCCCACCUCCAAAGACAUGCACCUGGGGAUAGGCCCCUCCCACCUCCAAAGACAUGCACCUGGGGAUAGGCCCCUCCCACCUCCAAAGACAUGCACCUGGGGAUAGGUUGAUUGGCAACACUAAAUGGUCCCUAGUGUGUGAAUGUUGUCUGUCUAUCUGUGAUGAGGUGGCGACUUGUCCAGGGUGUACCCCGCCUUCCGCCCGAUUGUAGCUGAGAUAGGCGCCAGCGCCCCCCGCGACCCCGAAAGGGAAUAAGCGGUAGAAAAUGGAUGGAUGGACUUUGGUAAGAGUCAUUCAAAUAACUCUAACAUAUAGAACAUGCUAUAUGUUUACCAAACAAUCUGUCACUCCUAAUCGCUAAGUCCCAUGAAAUCUUAUACAUCUAGUCUCUUAUGCGGAUGAACUAAAUAAUAUUAUUGGAUAUUUUACGGUGAUGUGUUAAUAAUUUCACACAUAAGUCGCUCCUGAGUAUAAGUCCCACCCCUGGCCAAACUAUGAAAAAAAUUGCGAUUUAUAGUCCGAAAAAUAGGGUAGUUGUGAUGUGUUGUGAGAAUUGCCUUGGCUGUCCCUCCUAGGCCACCGUAGGUCAUGUGAGGCGCGUCACCAGACCUGCUAAUGUUAGCCAAGUUAGCUCAUGAGUGUUGAACUGGAGACGACUGAAAUAAAGUAUGAAACAAGCUGAUAUUUUUCCUGAAAAAGGCAUGGUGUCACAGUUAAGGACUACAGGCCUACAGUGACCAAAACAUGGCAAAGUUUGGGCUCCCAGAGCUGUUUCAUUUUGCUGUAUUGCAGCAGCGCUUUUAACACUCUUGUAUCCAGUUUGAAAGCCACAACCGAAAAAGACACACAGACAGACGUAAACAUUUUUUGGUGACGGCUAAGUUAUUGAGUACAUUUUCAUUUAUCGUCCGAUUGAUUGUCUUACAACUCUUUUAUAAUUGUAUAUAUCUUUAAAAGCCUCUGGGCAUCAAAUGUAAUGUUUUUUAAUGUCAUUUAAGACCUUAAUUUUCACAAAAUGUAUUUAAUAACUUUUGAUUUUGACUAAUGAUUUUGUGUUGCGGAUGUGUUUAGAAAGCUGCAAACAAGUAUACUGUAGCAAACUAACUCAUGUUUUGCAAAUGUGUACACUAAUAAACCAACUGUGAUGUCAUUUCAUCAAAAUAAAGGGUUUAAAAACAACUCUUAUAAAAGAUCAUGUAAUGGAAAAACGUAACAAAAAUGUCCAAAAUACAGCAAAUAUUUACUGAAAGGACAAAAAAGUAAGCCUUUGUCCACUGAUGGUUAAUAGUUGAGUCUUCAGUAAAGGUGAAAAAGGGUU